GCCGUCACGACCGGAAAACUGAAGCAGGUGUUACGGUACGCUGCCCCAGACCUCAGUUGCGAUCAUGAGUGCUCACGUGUGGAGUGUUGUCCUGGCGGUCCUCAUGCUUAAUGGAAAGUCGCUCUGCUUUCCUUCCGGAGCCCCCAGCAUCACAUGUGGGAUUUACAUGCCCCACCACGGGGCUGCUCCCCAACCCCCCAGCUCUAAUCCCUACGCGGUUGUGGCCUCCAGCAGACGCUACAACAUCGAAGAAAAUGGAGGACAGAUCGAGGUGAACGUGACAAGCUUGUCUGGAAAAGAAGAAUUCAAAGGCUUCGUGGUGGCAGCGUACGAUGAAGACCAGCAGCCUUUUGGAUAUUUUUUGCCGAGUCAUCACGCGCAUCAGAUUCCUCACUGCGACAAACAGAAUAACGCACACAGCAAGAAGCUGGUGACGCUUUUCUGGAGACCUCCGACAGAGGGCGCUCCAACUACUGGCGCCGUUAUAUUCAAGGCAACGGUGGUGCGGAGCUACCAUCAUUUUUGGGUUAACAUCAUCAGUACCAACAGGGCUGACAUCGCUCUCUCUUCUACAUGAUUAUGGCGAAAAAUUCUUGACAACAUCGUAGAUGCGUCAACCAAUAACUGAAGAUUUUCAAACUGUCCUCAUAGGUGUUUUUUCACCGC